UGGCCUCCCCUGCGCCGCCGGGGCCUGGGACCCGGAUGGCCGUUUAGUCGGUGCCGAGACGCCGAGGCUUCCACAUCGGGCCCUGGAAAAAAAAUAAUAAAACGGGGGGGGGAGGGGAUCCGCCGUAAUCCGCAUCCAUCCUCCGCCUGGCGCCCCCAUCCGCUCCCGGGAAGCCCGUAUCCGGAUAGAGCGGACCGAGCCCGAUCCGAAGAGCCAGAGGCACGUUUCGCGAGGAGCCAGGAGGAACCAACGUACUCAAUGACCUUCCAGCGCGAUGUCAGAUCGUUUGGGGCAAACAGCAAAGGGGAAGGAUGGAAAAAAGUAUUCGUCGCUCAACCUGUUUGAUACGUACAAGGGGAAGUCCUUAGAGAUUCAGAAACCCACAGUAGCCCCUCGCCAUGGCUUGCAGAGUCUCGGGAAAGUUGCCAUUGCCCGGCGUAUGCCACCCCCUGCGAACCUGCCAAGCUUAAAAGCGGAGAACAAAGGCAAUGACCCCAACGUCUCACUAGUACCGAAAGACGGGACAGGAUGGGCAAGCAAGCAGGACCAGUCAGACCCAAAGAGUACCGAUGCCUCGACAGCUCAGCCGCCGGAAUCGCCGUCGCCGCCGGCUUCACAGACGUCUGCCUCAAACCCACCGAAACGACCCCCAACAGCACCCGAGAAUCCCCCUACAGUAGCAAGCGGGGUAAAGUCUUGGGCACAGGCCAGCGUUACCCAUGGAGCGCAAGGAGAUGGUGGAAAGGGAUCAAGCCUACUGUCGCGAUUCUCUCGCGAGGAAUUUCCGACCCUGCAGGCGGCUGGAGACCAGGACAAAGCUGGCAAAGAAAAGGACACUGCCGAUGCGUCGUAUGGGCCCGGACCAAACCUCCGCCCCCAGAAUGCGACGAGCUGGCGGGAUGGAGGCGGGCGGGGCACUGACGGGGAGGUGCCCGAGCAGCACCCCGGAGCCCCCGACGGGCGGGCCGGGGUGGGCAUGCAGCCCUCCGCCCCGCCCCACUUCCCUCCCUACCGGGGCAUGAUGCCACCGUUCAUGUACCCCCCGUACCUCCCGUUCCCGCCUCCGUAUGGGCCGCAGGGAGCUUACCGCUACCCCACCCCGGACGCACAGAGGUUCCCGCGGCUGGCUGGGCCCCGCCCCUCGCAGCCCCCCCAGCGGGCGGUGGAGCCGGUGAGCCGCCCGCCCGUGCUCCGGCAGGACGACCUGAAGGAGUUCGACGAGCUCGACCAGGAGAACGACGAAGGCUGGGCAGGCGCGCACGAGGAGGUGGAUUACACCGAGAAGCUGAAAUUCAGCGACGAAGAGGACGGCAAAGAGUCUGACGAGGAAGGAGCCGAGAAACACCAGGACAGCGAGGGGCCAGACCCCGAGGGCAGGAAGGCCGGCAGCCCCAAGGAGGAACUGCCCCCUGUCAAGGCGGCCUGGGCCGAGGGCUCCCGCCCCCCGGAGGGGGCCAAGGAACCGCCUGCCGCCCCUGCACCUCGCCCCCUGCCGCCGCCACCCCCACCCCCCAACCGGGGCAACUGGGGGCAGCCCAACGACUUCCCAGCGCGCCCCCCGGCGCCGGAGGACGAGGACGAGGCCUGGCGCCAGCGGCGGAAGCAGUCCUCCUCGGAGAUCUCGGCGGCGGUGGAGCGGGCGCGCCGGCGCCGGGAGGAGGAGGAGCGCCGCAUGCAGGAGGAGCGCCGGGCCGCCUGCGCCGAGAAGCUGAAGCGCCUGGACGAGAAGUUCGGGGCCCCCGACAAGCGCCUCAAAGCCGAGCCCCCCAAGGAAGCGCCCGCCCCCCCGCCGCUGCCGCCCCCCACCCCGGCCGUCGCCAGCCCCCCUGCCGCCCCCCCGGCCCCUGCCCCUGCCCCUGCCCCUGCCCCUGCCGCCCCGGAGGAGAAGAGAGACCAGGAGGAGCCGGCCCCGGCCAGCAAACCCCGCAGCAGCGGCAGCAGCACCAGCGGCAGCUUCGACGCCGGGCCAGCCGAGCCCCCUGCGGCGCCUGCCCCCAAGGAGGUGCCCGAGGUGCCGGAGGAGCCAGUGGUGGUGCCGGCCCCCCCUGCGGCCCCUGCCACACCCAAGACAGAGCCCAAGGGCGAGACUGUGGUGCCGCCGCGCCAGCCGCCCCCAGCCCAGACCCUCGGCUACUCCAAGUACCAGAAGUCUCUGCCGCCCCGGUUCCAGCGGCAGCAGCAGGAGCAGUUGCUGAAGCAGCAGCAGCAGUGGCAGCAGCAGCACGGGCCGCCCCCGGUGCCCGCCUCCCCCCAGCAGCAGGUGGCAGCAGCCUCCCUGGGGGGCCUGGGCCCCUCGCCCGGUAUCCACCCGGCGCAGGGGGCGGGACAGCAGCAGGCCCCGCCCCCCCAGCAGCAGGCCCCGCCCAAGGCCAUGUACCCAGGCUCCAUGGGGCGCCCCCCGCCCAUGCCCCCGCUGAACUUCGACCCCCGCUGGAUGGUGAUCCCGCCCUACAUGGACCCGCGCAUGAUGCAGGGGCGGCCGCCCAUGGACUUCUACCCGCCCGGGGUGCACCCCUCCGGCCUGCUGCCCCGCGAGCGCUCGGACAGCGGGGGCUCCGGCUCGGAGCAGUUCGAGCGCCACCCCCAGCUCCUGCGGGAGCGGGGCACCCCGCCCAUGGACCCCAAGCUGGCCUGGGGGGGAGACGUCUUCAGCGCCCCUGCCGCCGACCCCCGGCCCCUGGCCUCGCCCCUCCGGCAGCCAGACGAGGACGAGAAGGGCCUGCGGAGCGAGACGCCCCCCGUCCACCUGCGGGAGGCCGCCACCCCCCAGCCCUACGUAGGCAGCUACCCGGCCUUUGCCGAGAACGGCGCCCCGGCCCCCCUGCACCGCUUCCCGGGGGACGAGCCCCGCCCGGGGGGGCCCUGGCCAGCCGGCCUCGCCCUGCCCCCCAACGCUCCAGGGGAGCUGGCCAGGAACGGGCGCCCCGAGCCCCUGGCCCAGCCCCCCCAGCGCCAGCCAGACGAGAAGCCCCCCAACGCCGAGGAGCCCAAGGAGCCCCUGGUGGCGCCCAAGAAACCCCCCAAGGAGGAGCCUGUCCUGCCCCCCAAGGAGGAGCCGGGCCUGCCCCCCAAGGAGGAGGCGCCACGCCGGGCCGAGCGCCCCUCGCGCCAGCCACACGACUUCCACCGGCCGCCACGGCGCGAGGCCAAGACGGAGACGCGCUGGGGCCCCCGGCCGGGCAGCAGCCGGCGAGCGGACGAGCUGCCAGGCGGCGAGAAGCCCCCGCGCAGAGCCGGGCCCAUCAAGAAACCCGCGCCCCCCAAGGAGGAGGCUGAGGAGCUGCGCCCCAAAGCCAAAGAGGGCACCGAGCCAGCGGGCGCCAAGCCGGACCCACAGCCCGGCCCCAAGGAGCCCCCCAAGCCAGGCAAGGAGGCCAAAGCCAAGGUGCUGGUGAACGGCAGCAUGGCGGGGCCGCCCAAGGAGCCGCAGGGGGCGCUGUCGCCCACCCGCCGGCGCCGGGAGUGCCCCUACGACCGCGGGGGCGGGGGCUACAUGGGGCGCGGGCGCGCCCGGGGGCGGGGGGAGUACUUCGCCCGGGGGCGCGGCUUCCGGGGCGCCUACAGCGGGCGUGGCCGGGGCGGCGGGGGCCGGGGCCGCAGCAGGGAGUUCCGCAGCUACCGGGAGCCGUUCUACCGCCUGGAGGAGGGGCCGGGGCCCCUGGGGGGAGGGGGUGGCGGCCGGCCCCGCAACGCCAGCGAGACGCGCAGCGAAGGCUCCGAGUACGAGGAGAUCCCCAAGCGCCGGCGCCAGCGCGGCUCGGAGACGGGCAGCGAGACCCACGAGAGCGCCAGCGACGUCGCCCACUCGGACAAGGAGGCAGCCCCGCCCCCGCUGGCCCCCCAGCCCGCCAAGGGGGAGCGGCACCGGGGCCCGGCCGCCCUGCCCCGCUUCGCAGACAGGAUCCCGCCCCGCCUCUCGGAGCCGGGCGCCCGCGGCGGCCGCAUCUUCACCCCCCGCGGCGUGCCCUCGCGCCGGGGCCGGGGCGGGGGGCGCCCCCCAGCCAGCACCUGGAGCCCCCCGGCCAAGUCCCCGCUGGGGAAGAAGCCGGAGAAGCAGGAGCCGGAGGUAGCGCCGGAUUCGCCCGGCAAGGAGAAAGCCGCGCCGGGGCCCACUCUCCCGGCGCCGGAGGAUCUGGCCGGGUUCCAGGCUCCCCCCAAGCAGCAGGGGCCGCCCCCCAAUGGGGCCGUGGACCGCAGCUUCGAGCGGCCCCCCCGCCGGCGGCGCCACGGCCGCUCACAGCAGCAGGACAAGCCGCCCCGGUUCCGGCGGCUGAAGCAGGAGCGGGACAAUGCGGCCCGGCUCAACGGGGAGCAGCGGGGCGGGCCGGGGGCCCCGGCGUACCCACCGCCCCCCGCCCCGGCCGAGGAAACGGUCUCCCGGCGUGUGGCCGGCGCCAAGUCCCCCGACCUGUCCAACCAGAACUCGGACCAGGCCAACGAGGAGUGGGAGACAGCCUCGGAGAGCAGCGACUUCACCGAGCGCCGGGGCGGCGGGCCGGCCGACAAGGAGCCGGGGGGCCCCCUGCCCCAAGCCUUCCUGAAGGGGGGCGGCGCCCCCUCCCUGGGGGGCCGGGGGGCCGGCACCGACCUGACCCUCGCCCAGCGCAAGGAGAUGUCCAAGCGCAGCUUCUCCAGCCAGCGGCCCGGCAUGGACCGGCAGAACCGGCGCCCCAACCCCGGGCCCGGCAGCGGGGGCAAGGCUGGGGGCCGCGGGGGGCCCGGCGGCGGCCGCGGGGACAGGAGGACCUGGCCGGCGCCCAGGAACCGCAGCCGCCCGGCGGAGGAGCGCCCCCCAGGCCUCAGCCUGCCGCCCGGGCCCACCACCAGCGCCGUCUACCGGCUCGACCACGUGGUGCCCAGCGACCCGGCCGGCAUCCAGCAGGCCCUGGCUGAGCUCAGCAGCCGCCACGGCGCCCGCGCCAAGCAGCAGCCGCCCCCCGGCGCCGCCCCCGCCCCGGGCCCCCCGCCGCCGGCGCCCUUCCCCGCCCCCCCGGGCGGCUACGGCCGAGAGCCUCCGUUCCUGGCCAAGGCCCAGCUGCUUCAGUCGGGCGCCAGAGCCCUGGGCGACGUCCCCGGGGUUAACGGCUUCCUCCCCCGGCGCCGCGACCGGCCCCACAAGCAGGAGGACCCCCUGGGCUAUUCCCACGGCCCCGGCUUCCCCGGCCCCAAGCAGGACCCCCCGGGCGCCCACCUGGCCCAGCGCGGCAGGAGCAGCUCCUCCGAGGGGCUGGCGCCCCACAUCUGGAGCCGGCUGCAAUCCAGUGCCCCCAGGAAAAGCUACCGGCCCAGAUCUGUGGAGCCCUGGGCCGACCCGCUAAAUGCCUUUGAAGACGUCGUUAGCACAGAGAUGAGCCAGUCGGACAGCGGGGUGGAUCUCAGCAGCGACUCCCAGGUCUCGUCCGCCAGCUGCAGCCAGCGCAGCUCCCCCGACGGUGGGCUGAAGGCGACCCCCGAGCCUGGCGUGGGGGGCACGCGGGGCGCCGAGCCAGUGGCCCCCGGAGCCCAGGGGGCCGCGCCCCAGGAGCAGGGCAGGAGGCCGGCGCCCAAAGACACCAGCCCUCACAAGGACAGGAAGCAGGCUGGCAGCCCCCCGGCUCCCCCCCGGGCCCCCCCCGGCCCGGGCCCCAUUGGGACUGAGCGCUCCCAGCGAGCCGAGAUGGUCAGGGAGAGCGGGGGGGGCCCCAGGCCCGGCCCGGAGUCAGUGACCCCCAGCACCGGCCCCCUCGUCCAGUUCGGGGCCAGCGACAAGGACACGGAGCUGGGGCUGCUGGUGAACGAGGGCAACAAGGUGCCCCCGGCCCCGGGCCUCAUGGACGGGCUGGCGGGCGCCUCCCGCGAGUGGGAGCUGCGCCCGGCCCCCCAGCCCAGAGCCCUGGGGCCGGCCUGCCCCCCGGCGGAGCCCUCGGCGUUCUCAGGUGAGAGGGGGCCGAGCCAGCGGCCCUACCCCGAGCUCCUCUUCGGCAGCCAGCCCGGCGUGGCCCAGCAGGUGCCCAGCCCCCCCGGGGAGUCCCAGCUCCACGGCAGCGGCAGCUUCCGCCCGGGGACCCCGUCGCUGCAUCCGUACAGAUCCCAGCCCUUGUACCUGCAGCCGGGCCCGGCCCCCGGCUCCCCGGCGGCCCCCGUCCUGCCCGGCUCGGCCCUGCUCUCGGGGGUGGCCCUCAAGGGCCAGUUGGUGGAGUUCUCGGCCCUGCAGGCGGCCGAGCUGGCCAAGCUGCCGGCCACGGGGCUGCUCUACCCGGCGGCCCCCCCCUUCCUGUACAGCCCCCCCUUCUGCGCCGGCCAGCUGGGCCCCGAGCAGCCCCUGCUCCAGGUGCGGCAGGAGCUGAACCCCCCCUCGGAUUUCUACCCGGGCUCCCUGCCGCCGGCCAACCAGAGCAACUUCCUCCAGGGCCCGGGCCCCGCCCAGCAGAUGCUGCUGCCUAUGGUGGAGUCGCCGCUGCCCCCGGUGGUGAACUUCGGCUCCCUGCAGCAGGGGGCGCCAGCCGGCCCCCCGCCUCUGCCCCUGGUGCCCGUCACCCCGGCCCUGCGGCCCCCGGGGCAGCUGGCCGGGCGCCUGGUCCCCUCGCCCGUCCGCGCCUUCCCCCAUGGCAUGGGGCGCACAGAGCUGCACCCCAUGGAGCUGAAGCCCUUCCCCGAGUACCGGAAGCUGAGCAGUCCGGGGGGUCGAGCCCCAGCAGUGGGCAGAGCCUGCGUGGGCCCCUUCAGCUCCCGCCUCCGGGCCCCAGGAUCCAGCUACGCCGGGGGCAGCCGCAGCCAGCGCCCGGAUGGGGGCCCACCGGUCUCCCCCUCGGAUGUUCUCUGCUGGACCCCCAGGCCCUGGGAGCGCCACCCCCCAGCCCGCGAGGGGCCCCCCACCCGCCGGCCCCCCAGCCAGAGUGACAAGCAGGAUCCUGGCCUCGCCCAUCAGCGCUAGCCUGGCCCCCCACCAGCCUGGGCCAGGGGGUGGCCCCGUUCCCCCCUCCCCCUCAAUGAGUGGGGAGGGGCUGACCCCUUCCCCUGUUAAUUUGUGGGGUGGGGGGUUCCCAGGGGGCGAGAGCGGAGCUGCCCCACUGAAUGUAACUGGAGUUGGGUUUGGUUUUGAUUCACCUGAAUUAAUUUGGGGGGCAGGAGGUGGGGUCCCCUGCCCGGCUGCGUGUAAAUAUGUGUAGGGCAGGGGGCUCUCGCCCCUCCCCCAGCCGGGGGGGCAGCAGGUUUGUUACAAAAUAAACUGAAAAACUGUUUAAAAAAAUGAAUAAAAGGUUAAAAAAGAA